AUGCUUGGAGUGUUAGGGGUUUCAGCUGUAGGGUUACACAAUCCUUUUGACGGAGAUAAACCAGUGAAACCAUUAAUUAAUCCUGAAAUGAUAGGAAACAUUGAUAACGAUGAGGAUACUGUUGUAGUAGUCAAAUAUUUAGGUGGUGAAAUAGAGUUGGACAUGAGUAGCAACAUGGAAUAUACACAAGUGCAUAUGGGAUCGGAUGAUGAAAUGAAUAUGCCAAGUGUUGCAGUACCUGUGGAUGAUUUACCAGUUCAACUUUCGUGGACCAAGUGGAAUCCUGAACUACUAUCACAACCAAAAAGGAAGCUAGAGUUAAUUAGUGAACAAAAAAAAUACUUCCAAAAUGAAGAUAGGAAAGCUCAGGAGAAACAUGAUGCUGAGCAAUUACAAAUUAAAGCAAAUUUAAUGUGGGAGAAAAUUAAAAAUGAACUGAUGAUUGAAAAAUUACGGCUUGAAAUCAAUGAUCUUAAAAAAAGACAAAAUCCAGCAACCAAAAUCCCGCCGGACAACAUCCCGCCUGACGAAAUCCCGCCGGACAGGAUCCCGCUCGGAAAAAAUCCCGCCCGGACAAAAUCCUGCCAAAUGUGA